GGUGUUUGGUUUCACAGGCGUGGACGAUUUAAACCUGAAAUACUCGUUUUAACCUAACUUACAGCUGCAUUCUUAAUUGUGUGGAAUUUUAAUCGUCCAACCUGACAAACCAGACCACUGAAAAUGAAAAGAAAUGUGGGUGGUCGCUCGCUAUCGCACGCCUCCUAAACAACACGUAUUUGAACACCAUCUCCGCAGCAUUUCGUGAACUAUUAGAGCAAACAUGGACGCGCUAAAGAAAGGAUUAUCUAAAGCGAAGGACGGGGUCGUGUUCGCUGCUGAAAAGACGAAGCAGGGAGUUACUGGAGUGGCUGGGAAAACGGUGGAUGGAGUUGUAUUUGUGGGAACCAAAACAGUGGAUGGAGUUUCCACAGUUGCAGGGAAAACUGUUUCUGGGGUGUCUCAGGUGGGUGGGGCCGUGGUGACUGGCGUUACAAGUGUUGGCCGAAAGACUGUGGAAGGAGCUGGCAGUAUUGUUGCAGCAACUGGAUUGGUCAAGAAGGACGCAGCCAAUCAGGAUGAAGCUGUGACAGAGGAAGAGCCGGUGGAAAGUCCUGGAGAGUCACAGGAGGAUUCUGACACCUCCUCUCCCCUUGAGGCGGAUUCUUAAUCUGGCAAAAAAAAAAUCAAUGACUGAAACAUUCCUUGCUCUGCAGGCUCAUGUCCUCGACCAGAGUUUUUGUUAGUCUGUGCAAUGUUUAUGUCAUGAUAUUCUGUCACAUGUGAGUGUGUGUUUGUGUGCCCCCCCCCCCCCCCCCCCUUGUAACAGCUGCCAUCUUUUGUGAUUCGUUCACACUGGGAUGGCCAUCCAGCUUUGGGGGGUGCUCUGUGAACCUUAUGGUUUAAAAGAAACUGAAAUAGCAAUUUAAGAGGUACACCAAAGUGUCUAUAAUUUAUGGGGGGAAACUGGAUAUAUUUUCUGAUUUGUUGCUAUAUGUCUGGUGUAAUGCAGUGCUUAUGUGUGCAUACUUUCUAUCUUUUGUAUGUUUGAUAUAUUGGGCAGCACUACAGAUUAGUGUCUGCAUAUAUUUUAAACAUGCAUGAUGUCACAUUUUAACAUGCUGUGGCAUAAUUACUGUUGUAAGUAGUGUUUGAAUCCAAUAAAGUUUAAGCAUACUACAUUUAA